GUGUGUAUUGCUACGUGACACAUAUUCAUUUUCAUUCAGUUUCAAUCUAAUUUCAGAGAAACGUGUGAUAGAUACAAUACCUAAGAAUUCACAGAUUUCAUCUCGAUUAGUGAUAUAUUUACCGCUUUGUAAUUUGAGAAAGGCAAAGGAGAGAUAAAGUCGCAUUACAUUGACAGCUAGUAAAAGCAACUAAGUGUUGACGAUAUAUUUUGACAUUACAUUUUUUAAAUUAUAUAUACGAAUGGAAUAUCAUUACUAUCAUGUAAUACAAUGAUGUAUAAAGAUCAGGAUACGAAGAAUUUGUUUUUUUUUCGACCGUUAUCAUGGGAUCUCGACUAAGGGAAAAUGUCAAACAACUGUUUGAAUGUUUCUGCGAGAUAGCUGCACCAGUAGGAGAGAAACCAGCUUGGAUACUUCAAAAAUAUCCUAGCUCUUUCUCAGAUGAAGAAAUACUUAAAUCUGUUCCUAAAUUUGCAUAUCCUUGUGAAUUUGAAAAUUUGCUGGUACAACAUUUUUCAUUCGUACUCACUAGUAUAGAUUCAAAAUGGACUUUUGGCUUUUGCCGUCAUGAUCCCAAAACAGAAACAGCUUUGAUAGUUUUAAGUGCACUUCCAUGGCACGAAACAUUUUACAAGUUAUUGAAUCAUAUUGCAUCUUUAACCAGCAAUGGCAGUGGAGAGGAUUUAUGGAAGUUUCUUGAGAACAUAUAUGCCUGUGGAGUUCCAAUUCCUGGAAAUUCCAUAUCGAUCUCUUUACCAAAUUCUACAACAAAUUUUAUUUGUCAAAGUCCAAAACAGUUUCAACUACCUAGCAUCCCAGAAAACAGAAAUUUGACUGAAUAUUAUAGCGCUGUUGAUUCAAACAAUAUGAUGAUGAUAUUUGCAUCUAUGUUAUACGAACGUCGUAUUAUUUUUAUUUCAAAGCGUUUAUCUAGAUUAAGUGCGUGCGUACAAGCGUGCAAUGCUUUAAUUUAUCCAAUGAUUUGGCAACAUAUAUAUAUCCCUGUUCUACCUUUGUCGUUAAUAGAUUAUUUAUUAGCUCCUAUGCCAUUUCUUAUCGGGGUUCCCACAUCAACGCUUCAGAAAGUACCCAAAAGUGAUUUAGGAGAAGUUGUUAUUUUAGAUGCUGAUAAUAAUGUGAUAGAGUCACCAUUUCAAGAUUUGGAGUCUUUACCUCAAGAUGUGGUGACAAAUUUGAAGAAAGCAUUACGUAAUAGAUCAACUCUUCUUGGAGAUGGUGUGUCAAGAGCAUUCUUACGUGCAUUAGUGCAAUUAACUGCAGGUUAUAGAGAAGCAUUAACUCUACAACAGGGUGAGCGUAUUACAUUCAAUGAAAAUGCUUUUGUCGAAAGUAGACCAUCUUCCAUGCAACCUUUUUUACGAAAAAUGUUGGAAUUACAAAUUUUUCAACAAUUUAUAGAAGAAAGAUUAAACAUGCUUAAUUCAGGACUUGGUUUCUCAGACGAGUUUGAAAUGGAGGCUUGCAGUUAUUCAGCCAAAUCGAAUAGUAAAUUUAUGCAGCAAUACAGAGAAUGGUCUUAUACUAUGCGAAAAGAAAGCUCUGCAUUUUUCCGUAGUGUAAAAGAUAAGGCCAAUCCAGCAGUAAAGUAUGCCGUUAAAUCAGUGAAAGAUAAAGGGAAAGAUAUGAAAACGGCAUAUAAAGGACUAAAAUGGAAAGGGCGACCUAAUAGAAGUGAAACUAGUAUAAGAUUUUACCAACCACGAUCAGCUCCUAGCUCACCCACUUUAGAUAGAUCUGUUGGAUUUACAUCUCCACCAAAAUCUCCAAACGGAUUAGCAACGACUAGUUAUCGAAAGGAAUUACAUUUGCGGAACACUAAUUUUGACGCAAGUAAAAAACAGUACUCACCUUUAAGUCCUAGUUCACCCGAAGAAUCAGACUCUCCACCAGAGCGCAUAAAUAUAGAUCUUAUGCACGAACUUCAAGAUGUGAUAUUUCCAAAGGUACCAUCAGUGGAUAGAACGUUGAAACCAGUACGCAGUUUAGACAACUUGAGACCUGCAUGGAGUGGGCAUUUACGGCACAAUCCUUCACCUAGUACUAUCAUUACAAAUCCAUUUGAAAUUUUAUCGAAAAAGCCCAUUUUAAAUUCGUCCCCUUAUCCUCUUCCUUCAGAUACUUUGUUCGAUCAAUCAAAAAUGUUAACUUCUAACUCACUAACUGGAAAGACAAACGGAAUUGUAAAAGAAGUAGAUAAAACAUUACUUUCAUCUACGUCAUCUGCAUCACAUAAUCUAAAUAUUGAACGAAAUCGAUUUUUACAUGAAUUAAAUAUACAUAAGGAUUUAAUAAAACCUGUUGUUGACUUAUCAUGUAUUCAUAAAAAAGAGAAUUUCAAGAUGGAAGAAAAUUUUUCUUCGAACGAUAAAAAGUUUAACUAUAAUAGUUUUACAAAUAGUAAUUCAAUAGCAAAUACAUGGGAUAGUGAAUCUUUCAAAACAUCAAGUUUUCUUCAUGAAGUAAAUGAAGAUGAUCCUUUUGACACGAGUAAAGUAUUUAUGCCUAUCUAUUUGCAAACAACACCACUUUUUAAAUCCAAAACUCCUUUAAUGCCCGCUCAAUUUCAUCCAUUAUCACAUCCACUCAAUACUACAUCCUGCUCUGCACAUGUUAAGGAUUCUCCAGAUUUAAUACGCUUAGAUUCGACGAAUAGUAAUGACGAUUUUGAUCCACUUCUAUCUAAGGUUACUGAAUUUUCAAGCACAAAACAGAUGAGUCAAUCAUUACAUUUACUCGAAAUGAGUGAAGGUCUUAGUAAUCCUUUAUAUCCUUAUUUUCAACAAUCAUCGCACAAAAACAAUGAUAAACCGAAGACCUCCGAUAACAUAGGUGAUAUGGAUUUAUUACAAGCGUACGGUAUAGAUUUUAGUAAAUUUAGCUUAACUAAUAGUGAUAAUCCAUCUAUAAAAAAUACUCCUGUAUGUAAUCGAAGUGUACCAGAUAACAAUAUUAAUAAUAUUGAUACGAUGGACACAUUCAGUUUAACUCUGAGCACAUCUGCUAUUAAAUCACCAAAUAAUUGGACAAAGUUUGAGUAAAUAUUAGUAUAAUUUCAUAUAAUAUAUGUAUACACAUUAUAAUUGUAAAUAUGUCAUUAAUACUGUUUUCGCAUUAGUAUUGUUAUGCAUUUAAAUAUCUUUAUCAUAAAAUCCGCAUUAUAUUUUGUUAUAAAAUCACGGUAAGCAUUAACUAAUAAUUAUACACAUAGGCAUUCGUCUCUCAGUACUGUUUUGCGUGAUAAAUUUUAUAUAUUAUAUUUUGGAUUAA